AUGGAAGUAAUGGACCUGGAACCCCAGGCUCCGGUUCCGGCUCAGACCGUCACCGAGUCGCCCGUGAUGGUGGAGCAGUCCACCGAGUCCCCCAUAGCGGAUAUGGCCCUAAUUGAGGAUGCCCCCAUGGCGCCAAAGAGCCCCACGGAGAAGCCACCAGUGGUUAUGGAGGCCAUGGAGCACCCCAAGGCCGAGGAGAAAGCCGACCCUCAGCCCCACACCGUUGCCGAUUUCAUCAUCCACCCACUGAUCGCCUUCAAGCCCCGCCAGGCGGCUCUCGACGAGCUGCAAGGUAAACAGGCAAAUGCCGGCUCCGGCCCCACCCCCGCCUCGCCGGGCACUUGGCUGUUCGGCAUGAAUCCCGCCCAAGGCCUGGGCUCCUCCUUCUCAACGCUGGCUGGCUCCGUGUCCGGCUGGUUCAACGAUCGCCUGGCCGCCGCCGGCCAGCAGCUUCCUGGUCUCGUCGACACACCCGUGAGGGAGUCCACUACCACAACUAGCACCACCACGACGACGCAGCGUCCGGACAUUGUGGUCCGUGUCCAGCAGCGCCCGCAGAGGGGACAGCGUCCAGCGAAGGGCAACAGCAACCGCAACGGAAACGGAAACGGCAAUGGCAAUGGCAAUGGCAACGGCAAUCGUCGUCGCCAGCGUCCCAACCGCUUCAACGAUCGCCCCAACAACAGCAACAACAAUCGGUUGGACGACUCCUUCGAGGAUGAUGACUACUACGACGAGGAUGACUACUUCCAGGGUAACCGCUUCGACGAGGAAUUCGAUGACGAGGAGGCCGAUGAUCUGGCUCUGAACGACGAGGAGUCCCUGGAGCAAUUCGAGGACGAUGACGAGCAGUCCGUGGAGCAGCAGCAGCAGCAGAAGCCCCGCCCCCAGCAGAAGCCGCGCCGCAAGCAGCAGGCCCAGCAGGCUAGCUCCCAACGCAAGAAGGUCACCACCCAGCAGGAGGCAGUGGCUCCUGCCCCAACAAAGCGUCGCCAACAGGUGAACCAAAACAAGCCCCAGCAGCACCAGGACGACGAUGACGAUGAGGAUGUCGAGGAUGAUGAUGACGAGGAAGAGAACGAGAGUGUGGACGAUGAUAGCGAUGAGCAGUUUGCGGCUCAGGCGCCAGAGCCGACCUUCUUCGGGCAGUCGGGAACGCGUCGCUCUCAGAACCAGCCCAACUUCAUCCAGCGCGGCCAGCAGAGCCUGAUCAGUCAGAUCCGGCAGUUCACCCGUGGCCAGAGCGCCGCCGAGCUGGGUACCAAUCUCCGCCGCACCUCCCAGUCGGGAUCCGGGUCCUCCAGCUCUCUGAAGGCGCGUCGUCCCCAGCAGACCACACUCCUCGUCAAUCGCAAUGGACAGACCCUUUAUGUGGCCCCCGAACUGCUGAACCUCGGCCCCGCCUACCCCUACGCCUACGUGCCCAGCCAAACCAAGAAGCAGCAGCGCCACCCCGUAGGACCCUACCCCCAGCCCCCGCUCACCGUGCCCAUUCGUAGGCAGGGACGACCCACGCAGUACAUCACCAUCCCCUGGAGUCAGCUUGGUCUGUCUCCGCCCGAGCAACAGUCGAUGGUCUCCCUGGCCGAGGGCAUCCAGGCCCAGCCCCUGAUCCUCAACAUUCCCCAGAGCGCCAUCAACCCGGUGCGUGGAUCAGGAUCCGCCACCCAGCAGCAGCAGCAGCAGAAGAAGAAAAAGCGUCCCCAGCUGACGGCCUCGGCGGUGCCCCUGCUGGCCGAAGCCUCGCUGAUGGACAUCUUCCAGCCACCCCAGAUCCCGCCCUCCCGCACCGACUCGACCAACAAGCCCAACUCCGCCCAGCCCGUCCUCAUUGCCGCCAAGCCCGUGAAAGCAGGCGGCUCUGGAGCCGCUCUCCUGCCCACCCGGAUCCGCCCAGGUACAAUCGUUGAGAAGGCUCCCGCCGUCGAGGCCAUGGCCAGCGAGAUGCAGCCGAUGGACAAGCCCAGCGAAAUGAAGGAGAAGGAGAUGAAACCGAUGCCGAUGGGCGUCUCCACUGAGGUGCCCCAGGCCAACCAGGAUCAGGAAUUCAUCCUCGUCGGCGAUGACGAUGAGCCGGGACUGUCGCGCCAUGUUCAGCCCGCCUACGGAGAUGCCCGCUAUGUGUCCUACGGCGACUUCCAUCCCUACUUCGAUCUCCUCCACCAGAACCGUCGUUUUGCCCUGCGCAAGAGCGGACGAUCUCUGGAACCCCAGACCGAAGAGAAGCUGAUGGAGGAUCAGGCUGCCAAAGAGCAGCCUGCCAAGGAGGAGCAGAUCAAGGAGGAGCCAAUAAAGGAGGAGCCGACCAAGGAGGCUACCAAGGAGGAGCCAAUCAAGGAGCAAGACCAGCCUCCAAAGAAGGAGCAAGAACAACCUCCAAAGGAAGAACAAAUAGUGCAGAAGAUAGAAGAGCAGCUCCCAAAGGAGGAACAGAAAAAUGCCGCAUCCGAUAAGGUCUCCGAAUAAUUUUAGAGUUACGAGAAACGAAAAGACCGAAGAAUGAAUGAAGAAAUGAAUAAUG